AUGGCACAGUUUACGGCAGAGCCGUUUUCUGUUACUGGCAAGACAGCUAUUGUCACAGGCGCAGGUUCUGGAAUCAACCUCUGCUUUGCUCAGCUUCUCAUCUGGCGGGGCUGUAAUGUCGCUUUAGCAGACCUGUCCCUUCGACCAGAGGCGCAAGAACUAGUGGAUAGCUAUAGUUCGAAAGAAGCAUCUCCUCGCGCAGUAUUCAUCCCGACAGAUGUCACCAAAUGGCCAGAGCUCGAGAACCUGUUCGACAAAACGCUUGAAGAGUUCGGUGGAUUCGACAUCGUCUGUCCCGGCGCCGGCGUAUAUGAGCCCUCGUGGUCGAACUUCUGGCUCCCUCCCGGCUCAAAGCAGAGCAGGGAUGACCCCCAGUCGGGGCGAUAUGCAGAGUUGGAUAUCAAUCUGACUCACCCUACGCGGGCAACCCAGUUGGCAAUAUCGCAUUGGCUGUACCCGGGAUCGAAGGCAGGCGAGGCGCGCGCGGCAGUCUCCCUCAAGAACCCCAAGCGCAUCAUCCAUAUUGGAUCCGUCGCUUCACAGGUUCCUGUCUUCAGGGCUCCUCUCUACGGCGCCUCCAAGUUCGCGAUCGCGGGCUUGGUCCGCUCAUUGGCGGACCUGGAGCCUCUGCAUGGGAUUCGUGUGAAUGCGGUUGCUCCAGGCCUCGUGAAGACGCCUCUUUGGACGGAACAUCCCGAUAAAUUAGCCAAUAUAGACCCUACUCGGGAUGCCUGGGUGACACCCAUGGAAGUUGCUGAGGCCAUGUUGAACUGUGUGGAGAGCGGGUCGAAGAUUGGUGGAACUGUCGUUGAGGUGGGCGCUGGCAGAACUCGCGUCGUUCCUUGGUACAACGCGCCCCCUCCGAUCCCAGUCCCCAAGCUGGACUGA